AUGUCGUCGCUCCCAAAAACCUACAAGGCUGCCGUCUUCACUGGACCCAAAGCAGAGGUGAAGCUCCAGGAUGUUGAACUCAAACGUCCGGGCAAGGGCCAGGUCCUCGUGAAAGUCAUCGCCUGCGGCGUCUGCUUCUCCGAUGUUGCCAUCUCCCGCGGAGAAAUGGGCACUGACCUCUUCCCCCGCGUCCCGGGCCAUGAAAUCGUCGGGGACGUGGUCGCCGUCGGACCCGAUAUCACCUCUUUCAAGGGGGGCGAGCGAGUCGGAGGCCCAUGGCACGGUGGACACGACCGCGUCUGUCGCCAGUGCCAGCGCAGCUUGUACCAGACGUGCGACAACAAGGAGAUCAAUGGCGUGACGCGAGACGGCGGGUGGGCUGAGUACGUGCUCUUGAGGGAGGAAGCCGUCGUCCGCAUUCCCAAGGAUAUCAACCCGGUCGAUGCCGCGCCGCUCCUGUGUGCGGGCGUGACUGUGUUCAACGGCAUCCGCAAGAUGCAUGUUGAGCAGGGCGCUCUCGUUGCCGUCCAGGGCCUCGGCGGGCUGGGCCAUUUGGCCGUUCAGUAUGCACGCCAUAUGGGCUAUGAGGUGGUUGCCUUGUCUCGUGGGUCUGACAAGGAGAGCUUCGCUCGGGAGCUAGGUGCUCAUCAUUACAUCGAUGCCAAGAAAGAUGACGCCUCGGCUCAGCUGAAGAAGCUUGGUGGUGCCGAACUGAUCGUUCAAACGGCUCCAAACCCCGAGGUCGUGAGCGGGCUUGUCAAGGGUCUCGCACCGGGUGGGAAGCUUCUGUGUCUGGCUUCUGUUGGCGAUGUUCCAAUUGAUACUGCGUCAUUGGUGUUGAAUGGUCUGUCGGUCCAUGGUUGGCCCUCUGGUCAUGCGUUAGAUUCUGAGGAGGCUAUUCGGUUCGCCAAAGCCCAUGGCAUUCGAUGCAUGGUUGAGCGGUAUUCCUUCAAAGAUGUCAAAGCCGCCAUUGAUAGCCUCGUCGCGGGCAAGCCUCGGUUCAGGAACGUUUUGGUCAUGGAAUAA